AUGAAAACUUAAUAAUAAAAUAAAUAAAUGAACAUUGUUUUAAAUUAUUGACUGCAGGGUGAAUUUGUUGUAAUAGUGAGUUAUAAUAAUGAGUGUAGUGAAAACCAGCUGAGUGACAUUUGGCACUAUAGACAGAGCAGGCAUCAAUCCARCUAUCCGAGGUAUUACAGAAGAGGGAGGAACACAACAUUUAAUGAUGCUGUUUGCAGAUGAUGUGCUGAUAUUUUUGCAAGACCCAGAACACUGGAUCCCUGAAGUGAUGAGGUUAGGGUUUGUUUUAAGGAGUUUGGUCCAGUCUCAGGUUAUAAAGUCCAUGAGUCUGAUGCUAUCUGGAACCUGGCCCACUCAGCUAAAUGGCUUGGUCUCCUUCUGACGUUGUAACCAGGGCUUUAGCUACCAUACAAUACACAACUCUUUAACUCAAAUUACAGUAAAUAAGACAAAUUAAAGCAGACCUAUUGAAAUGGGUGGUUUGUGUCAGUGUGGGUCAGUGUUUAGGAAGAAACAGGUAAUAUUACCUGAGCCAUGUCCAUUGUUGCUAAUAAACAUUCUCUACCAUCUGUUUGGGACAAUAUAAGAUGUAGUUUGUAACUUUUCUUCUCAAUGACGUCUUUUCUUCCUSAGUAAUUUUCAACCUUUUUUGUGUUUAUGUUUCUGAAGCCUGAAGAAACGUUUCAGUGACCCGGAGGAGCAGGAAUACGUUGCCUCAGCCAUGCACUCAGAGACUCCCGACCGGUACGAACGCCUCACCUCGGUGUCCAGCUCAGUCGACUUUGACCAGAGAGACAAUGGUUUCUGCUCGUGGCUCACGGCCAUUUUCAGAAUAAAGGACGAGGAGAUCCGGGAGAAGUGUGGCGAGGACGCCGUGCACUACCUGUCGUUCCAGCGGCACAUCAUCGGCCUGCUGGUGGUCGUCGGCGUUCUGUCCGUCGGGAUCAUUCUGCCUGUGAACUUCUCCGGAGACCUGCUGGUCAGAAUUAUCAAUAAAGAUGCGUUCCUGAGCCAAGGAGCUCCUGGACCUCCUUCCAAAGAAGAAAACAACGCCUACAGCUUUGGACGCACCACAAUAGCCAACCUGAAGUCUGGAACUAAUCUGCUUUGGCUCCACACUACGUUUGCCUUCAUGUAUCUCCUGCUGACGGUCUACAGCAUGAGGAGACACACGUCCAAGAUGCACUACAAGGAGGAUGACCUGGUGAAACGCACUUUAUUCAUUAACGGGAUUUCUAAGUAUGCUGAGGAGGGUCAGAUCAAGCAGCACUUUGAGCAGGCGUAUGAGAAUUGCACUGUGUUGGAGGCUCAAAUCUGUUAUAAUGUGGCCAAACUGAUGGCUCUGAAUGCUGAGAGGAAGAAGACGGAGCGCAGUAAGAAGUUCUUCACUGACCUGAUGGCGAAGGAACACGUUCCCACCAUGAUCAACCCCAAACCCUGCGGACACCUGUGCUGCUGCACCAUCACCGGCUGUGAGGAGGAAGAGGCGGUCAGCUACUACACAAAGAUGGAGGCCAAGCUGAAAGAGGAGUACAGGAAGGAGAAGGAAAAGGUCCACACCAAACCACUGGGCAUGGCCUUCGUCACUUUCCAGAACGAGGCCAUGACUGCCAUCAUCCUGAAGGACUUUAACGCCUGUCAGGUGCAGGGUUGUCGGUGUCAGCUGGAGCCUCAGUCGUCUCAGUUCAGUGAGGUCCUCCAUGUUUACAACUGGAGCGUUUCGUACGCGCCCGACCCGCAGAACGUCCGCUGGGAGAACUUAUCGCUGGGGGGGAUCUCCUGGUGGAUCCGCUGCUUCAUCAUCAACUGCAUCCUCUUCCUCCUGCUCUUCUUCCUCACCACGCCCGCCAUCAUCAUCUCCACCAUGGACAAGUUCAACGUCACCAAGCCUGUGGAGUACCUGAACAACCCCAUCGUCACUCAGUUCUUCCCCACCCUGCUGCUCUGGGCCUUUUCUGCGUUGCUCCCCACCAUCGUCUACUACUCUGCUUUCUUUGAGGCCCACUGGACCAGGUCCGGAGAGAACAGGACCACGAUGCACAAGUGUUACACCUUCUUGAUCUUCAUGGUCCUGCUGCUGCCGUCUCUUGGACUCAGCAGUCUGGAUGUUUUCUUCCGCUGGCUGUUUGAUAAGAAGUUCCUGGCUGAUGCUAAAAUCAGAUUUGAGUGUGUCUUCUUGCCGGAUAACGGAGCGUUCUUUGUUAACUACGUCAUCGCGUCGGCUUUCAUCGGAAAUGCCAUGGACCUGCUGAGGAUCCCUGGUCUGCUCAUGUACAUGAUCCGGCUCUGCUUAGCCCGCUCCGCCGCAGACCGCCGGAACGUAAAGAGGCAUCAGGCCUACGAGUUCCAGUUCGGAGCAGCGUACGCCUGGAUGAUGAACGUCUUCACCGUGGUGAUGGCCUACAGCAUCACCUGUCCUAUCAUCGUUCCCUUCGGUCUCAUGUACAUGCUGCUGAAACACCUGGUGGACAGGUACAACAUGUACUAUGCUUACCUGCCCUCCAAACUGGACAAGAAGAUCCACUCAGGAGCCGUCACUCAGGUGGUGGCUGCACCCAUCCUCUGCCUCUUCUGGCUGCUCUUCUUCUCCACCGUACGGACAGGCUUCGAGACUCCCACCUCCAUGUUCACCCUGGUGGUCCUAAUCAUCACCAUCGUGGUCUGCCUGUCCCACGUCUGCUUUGGACACUUUAAGUAUCUGAGUGCCCACAACUACAAGAUCGACACAAAGGACAACGAAACAGAUGCUGUGAAAAAUGGACGCCCUGCUCGGCCGUCGUCCUCGCCGACUUCCAAAUCUCAGCAGCAGCAGACGCAGCAGCAGCAGAUGUACAUCGCCCAGGUGCUCCAGGACCCAAACUCGGAUGAGCCAGGCGGGGCCAGCAGCGAGGAGGACCGGGGCUCGUCACAGGACGAGGAGAUGCUGAACGGAGGGAGCAGCAUCAACGAGGCGGAUUUCCAGUCGGGGGAGGACAGUCUGAUCGCCAACGAGGUCCACCAGUAGCUGGGGGUGGAGCCCGAGGGAGGGGCGGGGCUAACCACGCUUCAGUUCAAAAGAAAGCUGACUGGAGAUUCACUGCUCGCACGCAGACAGUAGUCUGGCUUGGUUAGCUCCGCCCCCUCUCAGCCUGAAGACUUGACCCUGACGUUAGACGCCGAGCCGGCUCGCCAGCAGGAAGUCACUGUACAUACCCGCCAAAACCUUUCCUGUCCUCUGGUGGGGGUUCAACUGGUGCCUGGCCUGGAUCCUGAUAGUCCACUCUGAGUCCUGAUGGUCCUGUAGACCACCAGGACCUGGUUUUCUUAUGGUCCUGUAGACCACCAGGACCUGGACUCCUGAUGGUCCUGUAGACCACCAGGACCUGGUCUUCUUAUGGUCCUGUA